UUGUGACAUGGAAGGGCCUUUAGAACUUCAGUAUCAUGCGUGUCUUGUACUGGAAUCUCUGGCUGGCCAAUACGGUGAACAACUACGUUGAGCAUAACAGCGAAUGUGUGAGAUGUAGCGUUCCUUUGUUCUCCAGCUUUGGAGUUGAGAGUCUGGUGCGUAUCACUGACGAAUUCAUGCAAGCUGUGGGACCGUGCGUGUGUAUCCUUUGGCGUACGUUCAAACGCAUGCACACCACACCCAUGUAUACGGCCUCACGCAUGUGUAAAGUACCUGGUGUCUCCACAACGACGAAGAGCAAGGCACAAACCAGAAGGCGUCUCUUGGGUCUGUCAGCGAUUAAGCUGCUUCCGCAUCUUACCAUCUAUAUUCAGUGUCAGGGAUGGCCGUCCUGAAGAGACGUAGCAACGCAUUAUUAUUAUUAUGGCCAUUAUCAGUGAUUAUAUUUUUGUACACGUUUGACUAAUUGGUUUAAGAUUGUAAUAAAC